AAAGGUGAAAUAGAUAGAUGUUUGAAGAAAGUGACAGAAGGUGUGGAUAUUUUUGAAGAUUUGUGGCAAAAGAUAUAUAGCACCACAAAUGUUAACAUUAAAGAGAAGCAUGAGGCAGAUUUGAAGAAAGAGAUAAAGAAGCUACAGCGAUUGAGAGAUGGUAUAAAAACAUGGCUGACAACUCCGGAAGUGAAAGAGAAAAAAAAUUUGUUGGAGUACAAGAAACUUAUUGAAACUCAAAUGGAAAGAUUCAAAGUGGUUGAGAGAGAGACAAAGACGAAAGCUUUCUCCAAAGAGGGGCUAGGGUUGCAGGUCAAAGUAGAUCCGAAAGAGAAGGAGAAGGAGGACGUUGUUAAUUGGUUGUCGCAGUGCAUAGACUCUCUCAAUGUUCGUGUGGACCAGUGCGAGUGUAAGAUUGAAAGUAUUUCAGCCAAAAAGAAGAAAAACGAUAAAGAUAAACAGGACCAAAUAGAUACCUUGAAGUCUGGUCUGGAGAAACACAAGCAACACAUAGGCAGACUGGAGUUGAUCAUGCGAUUACUCGAUAACGACGCUCUGGCCGUCGACCAAAUUCUAAAAAUCAAAGAGGAAGUCGACUAUUACAUAUCGUCGAAUGGUGAGCCCCUUUUCAAUGAAAACGAAUUCAUUUACGAGGAACUC